GGUGCUUGAGACCUGUAGCUUUUAACCGUCCCAAGCAACUUGAAAAGGGGGGUUUAAGGAGCUGAAUGGAGAUUGUAUCUUUCCGUCUCUGAGGGUGUUUAGUUUGUCAACUUAAAUUGUUAUAUACGGUGAUAAGAACUGAACCUUAAACAUGGUGUAGAUAAGAGAUGUUCAAAAGCACAAUGCAUCAAUAACCACAAUGGGUAACUUCCAGACAGAUGCUAAGGCGACCAUUCUGCGAUAACGGUGUUUAUAGUGCGUAUAUUUCGUGGAUCUUAUUUAUUGGGAAGGAUAAAUCGUUAUUCCAGUUUUUUUGAAGAUGGCUACAUCGUCCAGAAGAAAGAAAAGUGAAAAGGCAGUUCAACCUCGAAAAGAAGAUGCUUUUCUUCAGAGAUAUAAUGUGGAAUUACUAAAAUGUAUCGACGAUAUGAAAUUAAAAAGAGACGAGGUUCACAGGGAUAUUUUAACGCUUUCUGAGGAACAGCAUAAACUGGAGUAUGACGUUACUCAUCUGACUGGUCAACUCGCGAGAGUGAACGAGAGUUUAUGUAAAAAGAUGAAGCAACAGACAGAGUGUGAUGAACUGCUCAGAGAGUACGAGGAAGCUUUCAACAAACUCCUGUACGGCCAGCAGACGCUUCUAGCGAACGUCAGGCGCGCCGUCAACACCGUGGCUCCCAGCGUGAUUCUGGAGGAGAGCGAAGCGGCGUCGCUGUCCUCGCGCCAAGCCCCGCGAUCUUCACGGAUGAGCGUCAGCACGCGAGCGGAGACACGAGCAGACGGACGAAGAGAUUCAAGGCGGGAAUCCCGGACCGACUACAGCCUCCAGGAAUCCAGGGCCGAGUCUAUGAUACAGUGAACAGACAGAACUAAGAUACAUUUAUUUAUUUAUCUAUAUUUAAUAAAAUUCACGGUUAUAUGAA